AUUGGGGCUGAGAAUCAAGCAAAACUUUGCACUACUCUCUCUCUCUUUUGUCUUCCUUUUUAGCUUUACUCCUAUCUUUCGUUUCACCUGCAUUUUGCUAAAUUUAAGGGAGAGAUGGUGAGAGGGAAGACUCAGAUGAGGCGUAUAGAGAACGCGACAAGCAGGCAAGUUACUUUCUCUAAACGCAGAAAUGGUUUGCUAAAGAAAGCAUUUGAGCUUUCAGUACUAUGUGAUGCUGAGGUUGGUUUGGUUAUAUUUUCUCCAAGAGGAAAGCUUUAUGAAUUUGCCAGCUCUAGCAUGCAGGAGAUAAUAGAGCGCUAUAAAAGACACUCUAAAGACAAAGUUCUACCUGAAAACCAAGCAGUGGGACACAAUAUGCAGCAUUUGAAGCAUGAGACAGCAAGUUUGAUGAAGAAGAUAGAACUUCUUGAAACAUCUAAAAGGAAACUCUUGGGAGAAGGUUUAGGGUCCUGUACCCUAGAAGAAUUACAGCAAAUAGAAAAACAGUUGGAGCGGAGUGUUAGCGCCAUCCGGUCGCGAAAGAUGCAAGUCUUUAGGGAACAAAUGCAAAGAUUGAAAGAAAAGGAGAAAGCCCUUGCAGUUGAAAAUGCAAUGCUGAGGGAGAAGUUUGGAGGUCAUCAACAGAGACAAACAUCAACCGGAGAGAAGGAAGGAGAAGUUAUUUGUAUAGAGGGAAGUAGCGAUAAAUCGGAUGUGGAGACAGAAUUGUUUAUUGGACCACCUGAUGAAUGUAGAAUAAGGCGUCCCUUACAGAAUUGAUCAUAUAUAGGUGAAUUAUUUUUGGAGUACUAUCCCUUAUCUGCAGUUUAAAAUGUAUAAACUUUGAUCAAUUAUCGAAUAUUAUUACCUGCUAAAAGAUUUUUGUACUCUCGCUAGCAACCAGACCCCAUUAGUGGAAUUUCACUGAUCGUUGUUGUUGUUUUACUCUCGCCAGCAAUAUAUAGGCCUUAUAAGUGGUUAAUUUCAGCUGAUGGACCUUUGAUCA